UUAUAAAACUCACAAUUUUUUUUUUUCAAAUUUAGUUCGUCUGAAAAUGUUUCGCGCCUAAAAACAUUGUUAUGUUUGAAAAAUUAAGAAUAUUAUUUUACGUUUUUUUAACACUGUUCAUACCGUAUUUGUUACAAGAAUAUAUUUCGGCGAUUCUUAUAAAUAAAGUGAGAAGUUGUAAUAGCUGUAGAUCGUGCAGAAAUCGUUAAAAAAUGGAGUUGCACGUUUUGUUUUUGCUAAUUUUAUUGAUGAACUUGGGCUGUGUGGUUUCGGAAUUGAGUUUGAGAUUUGUAAUUAUAACAGAAAUCCAGGAAGUAGAGUUACCGCAGCAAAUCGGCCGAGCUAUGAAGGUGGCUGAGGAAAAGACACCAGGCACGACCGUCUCUGAUGACGUCAUACUGCUAGAUAGGCAGAAUGAAGAGGAGAGCUAUAGGAAACUAUGCUCUGCGAUAUCCAAGGGUGUCUCCCUCAUCAUAGACCUGUCCUGGUCACCCUGGGAAGCAGCUGAGGAACUGUCUUCCUCUGCUGGUAUUCCACUGGUGCGCACGGUACUAGGCUCACAACAGAUGGUAGGAGCCUUCAAUAGCUAUCUGGAAUCUCGGAACGCCACUGAUGCUGCCAUCCUGUUGGAGAGUGAAAGUGACGUAGACCAAACCCUGUACGAGCUGUUAGGGCGGUCGCACAUAAGGGUGUGGGUGCACGCCGGGUUCACCAAGGAUACCGCGAACGCGCUGAAGAGCAUGCGACCUGAACCCAGCUUCUAUGUCAUCGUAGGGGACAGCGCUUUUGUGGCCAAUACUUAUAAAAGGGCAGUCAAAGAGAAAUUAGUCAAACGCAACUAUCGCUGGAACUUAAUACUGACUGACUAUGAGAGCUUGGAUGAGUCGAUGUUGGCUCUACCCACUGUCACCCUGCAAACUGAUCCUGUAGAGUGCUGCAAUCUAUUGAACUUGAAGGAGGACUGCAGCUGCACUCUUAAUGGACAGAAGAAACAAUACAUCCUCAACAACAUAAUCCAAUACUCAGUGGAUGUUCUAAUUAAAAUCGAAGCAGACCUUAUCAAAAUCGACUGCGCCAACCCGGCGGGAGAGAUGAAUGCGACUAAAGAAAGGUUCUAUCAAGUUCUAGAAGAAGAUAGCACGAAUAAUGAGACUUUGUUCUUUUGGGAUGAGGAAAGAUCAAGUCUGCUGCUUCGUUCCCGUUUCAUCCUGUCCACGUAUAAAGAAGUCGAGGGUCUGCAGAGGGUAGCGUACUGGUACGCUAACGAAGAGUACAAGCUUCUUCCUGGAGUCGUACUGGAUCCUUUGAGGAACUUCUUUAGGAUUGGGACUUCUGCUGGUGUGCCAUGGACCAUGGUAAAGUAUGACCCUGUUACGGGCGAACCAUUGAUGACGGAAGACGGACAACCGAUUUACGAAGGCUACUGCAUCGAUCUUAUUGAUAAGAUUGCUGAGACAAUGGGUUUCGACUACGAAAUCGUGACUCCAAAAUCUGGUUCUUUCGGAAGGAGACUACCAAAUGGUUCUUGGGAUGGAGUUGUAGGCGAUUUGACUACUGGGGAGACGGAUAUCGCUGUUGCUGCUUUGACGAUGACAGCUGAAAGAGAGGAAGUGGUAGAUUUUGUUGCGCCGUAUUUCGAACAAACUGGCAUUCUGAUAGCAAUACGUAAGCCAAUAAGAAAGACGUCCCUCUUCAAAUUCAUGACAGUGCUUCGCACGGAAGUGUGGCUGAGCAUUGUAGCAGCGCUGCUUCUCACGGGCUUCAUGAUCUGGCUUCUGGAGAAGUAUUCCCCGUACUCCGCCCGGAACAACCCGGACGCCUAUCCCUAUCCGUGCCGGGAGUUCACUCUAAAAGAGAGCUUCUGGUUCGCGCUGACGUCAUUCACGCCUCAAGGCGGAGGCGAGGCACCCAAGGCGCUCUCAGGGCGUACUCUGGUCGCCGCUUAUUGGCUCUUCGUCGUGCUGAUGCUGGCGACCUUCACUGCCAACUUGGCUGCGUUCCUGACUGUGGAGAGGAUGCAGACUCCAGUAGCAUCUUUGGAACAGCUGGCGCGUCAGUCUAGGAUCAACUACACAGUGGUGGAAGGUUCCACCGUCCACCAGUACUUCAUAAACAUGAAGUUUGCUGAGGACACCCUUUAUAGGGUGUGGAAGGAAAUAACUCUAAACGCAACAUCAGACCAAUCGCAGUACCGUGUGUGGGACUACCCCAUCAGGGAACAAUAUGGACAUAUUCUGUUAGCAAUUAAUGCAUCAGAACCAGUACCUGACGCCGAAACAGGUUUUCAGCAAGUCAAUGAACAUUCAGAAGCCGACUUCGCUUUCAUACACGACUCAGCUGAAAUAAAGUACGAAAUCACUCGUAACUGUAACCUGACGGAAGUGGGAGACGUAUUCGCGGAGCAACCCUACGCCAUCGCGGUCCAGCAGGGCUCCAGGCUGCAGGAGGACCUCUCUAAAACCCUGCUGGACCUGCAGAAGGAGCGCUUUCUGGAACAGCUGUCUAGCAAAUAUUGGAACGAAACCGCGCGGCAAGCUUGUCCAGACUCUGAUGAGUCAGAGGGCAUCACGUUGGAAAGUUUGGGUGGAGUUUUCAUAGCUACUCUGUUUGGACUAGGCCUCGCAAUGAUAACCUUGGCCUGGGAAGUGUUCUAUUACAAAAGAAAAGAAAAGAACAAAGUCCAAGCCUUAGACUCUACCAUAGAGAAGACAGAGGCGUUUGUUGAAAAGAAAAAAGAGAAACUACCCUCAAAGGAAGCGGAAAAUGUUGCCAAAAUACGGAAGAGGAAGAAAGCUUCGGGGAAUAUGGUCAAAACCGUCACAAUCGGGGACCAGUUCAAACCAGCUGGCAAAGGCAUUUCCUAUAUCAGUGUUUACCCUAAAGAGGGCUAUAGACCUUAGGUUUUAGACGGAUCCACCGUUGUGGGCACAAUGGGCAUGCCCACAACCCUAAUAUCUACACUUGGGAUAUCACUUUCACGGUAAAUUAAAAAAAACCUGCCAAGUG